AAUACAAGGAAGAGUUGCCGUUUGGCACAGAGCCCUACUACAAUCUUUAUAAGGUCUAAACGCAUAAUUAUACUGAAUUGUAAUUUGUAAGAUUUUCUUUCAGUCAUGUAGUAGUAUACAAUAACUGUCAGCCACGUCAUUUGUAUUAAUCUUUCAAUGUUGUCUUGAAAUUGUUGGAAUUAGUGUUGAAAUUUUUAGUUUCGACAACAUAAACUUGAAAAUAUUUUGAUGGAAUAAGGAUUGCGUUACAUAUUAAUUUUCACCUUAUUACAUUUAAGAGAAAUGAAUAUUUUUCGCUUAGCCGGUGAUUUGUCACACGUAGUGGCUAUAAUCAUAUUAUUGCUAAAAAUUUGGAAAACUCGCUCCUGCGCAGGAAUAUCUGGAAAAUCUCAAAUUCUGUUUGCAUUGGUUUAUUUAACGCGUUACUUGGAUUUGUUUACUACUUAUGUUAGCCUUUACAAUUCUGUGAUGAAGGUUUUAUUCCUUUCGGCGUCUGGGACAACAUUAUAUUUGAUGUAUGGAAAAUUCAGAGGAACUUACGACCAUAAUCAUGAUACUUUUCGCAUUGAGUUUCUACUUGUUCCGUGUGGCUUACUCUCAUUGAUCAUUAAUCAUGAAUUUACUUUAAUGGAAAUUCUGUGGACGUUUUCAAUAUAUUUGGAAUCUGUAGCUAUCCUUCCACAGCUGUUUAUGGUUAGCAAAACCGGGGAAGCUGAAUCAAUUACUAGUCACUAUCUGUUUGCUCUUGGUUCAUAUCGGGCUCUUUAUUUAUUAAACUGGAUUCAUAGAUACAUUGCGGAAACUCAUUACGAUUUGAUUGCGAUAUUUGCAGGAAUAGUACAAACUAUUUUAUACUGCGAUUUUUUUUAUUUGUAUAUAACUAAAGUACUAAAAGGAAAAAAGUUGCAGUUACCGGCAUAAUUGCUUGGAGUGGCUGGUUAUUUUGAGUGUUAAUUAGAAUUAAUGAAUAUCCAAAUGUAAUAACUUUUAAUUAUUUAAGAGUGCAUUUUAAUAUUGUAUCUACAACUUUUCGAAGUUAAAAAAUGUAAUAAUAAUUUUAUGUUCUCCAUAAAGUCUAAUUUUAGUAGUGUAAUAUUUCUUCACUUGUGAAAUAACUUAAUAAACUGCUAGCAGCUUCAAUUUCUUUAGUUUUUGAAGAUAACCAAUAAAGAUUUUGAAUGCCAAAAACAGAAAA